AUGGAAGGCCAUGAGGCAGAAAAAGAGGUGCUAGACAUUCUUCGAUUGAACGUGGGGGGUUGUAUUUAUACAGCCCGGCGUGAGUCCCUGUGCCGCUUUAAGGACUCUAUGCUGGCGUCUAUGUUCAGUGGUCGCUUUCCUCUAAAAACAGAUGAGUCAGGGGCUUGUGUUAUUGACCGUGAUGGACAUCUGUUUAAAUACCUUUUGGAUUACCUUCAUGGAGAAGUUCAGAUUCCCACAGAUGAACAUACCCGCAUUGCCCUGCAGGAAGAAGCUGAUUACUUUGGUAUCCCUUAUCCAUACAGCCUGUCUGACCACUUGGCCAAUGAAAUGGAAACAUAUUCUUUAAGGUCAAAUAUAGAACUUAAAAAGGCUUUAACAGACUUCUGUGAUUCGUAUGGUUUAGUUUGCAAUAAACCAACAGUUUGGGUUCUCCACUAUCUUAACACAUCUGGUGCAAGCUGUGAGAGUAGAAUUAUUGGUGUAUAUGCCACAAAAACUGACGGUACAGACGCUAUUGACAAGCAGCUGGGAGGAAGAAUUCACAGUAAAAGCAUUUUUAAAAGAGAGGCAGGAAAUAAUGUUCAGUACAUUUGGAGCUACUAUUCAGUAGCAGAAUUGAAGAAAAUGAUGGAUGCCUUUGAUGCUUGGGAAGGAAAAGGUGUUAGCUACUGGCGGGUGCCUCGUGAGCUGAUAGAGUGUUGGACUCUGGAAGAGCGUCCUUUGCUUGGAAGCCUGCAUCACAUGGGCCCUAUUCGAAAGAGGCGACUGAUAGCAUGCAAUGAAGAGGAAGAAGAAGGCGUGAACUGUAAGGCUGGUCCUAAGCCAGUCAGAUUUUUGGGCCCUUCCACCAGCACCCAAAUUAAAGUCAAGAAUUCAGCUUCAGUCAGGGUGGCUCUAAGCACUGCCGUCCAGACCUCAUCUCGGCUGACAGCAGAUCGGUCUCAAGGCAGCAGCAGUGGAAAGGCAGCUCAGGGCAUUGCGCCAUCCCCUGUGGGCACCGGGCCACCUGGGCAUUCUCAGGUUUCCCGUGGGGCCGGGAGCACCCAAAAUGGAGCCACACAUACCCCGCCAGCAAAGGUGCUGCUCCCCGACAAGAAGCCCGCAGCGCAUCGAGUGAUAAAGCUGAGGAGGACUCCGCUGUGCCCGGCGCCUUCCCUGCCCAGCUCCUCUGCAGGGAUGCAGCCCCGCUCCCCCGAGCCGCCGCCUCCCGAAGCUUCCAGCACUGAGUGUGCAGACUGACCACGGGAGAGACCAGGCUGAGGGGUAAAAAUGUGGACUUAGAUCUUCCUUUUUGUCUCCCAGAGCUUCCAACCUGUUUGAUACGAAUAAGCGACACUGUUUCUUGUUGCCCUAGAGGGAAAACUUAUGUUUAUAUUUGAGAUUAUUACAGGAAAAUUGAAUUGUGUGAAGUAGGAAUGGAGGAGAGGAAACUUUAAGUGGUUGGGGCUUUAUUUACUUCUCAUUUUCCCAACUUUUAAAUGAUUACUUGUCUAUGGACAGUUUGAAUUUCUGGCCUUUAAUUUGUUUUUUUAAUGGUUAAUUGGUAUAAGGCAACAAAACAGUACAGUAGAAUAAUCACUAGAGAAGUCCACUUUGUUGCUUAAAUAAUUAUAGACUCUGGGCACUUUGGUAAUGUUCCUUCUCACAGCCAGAGAUAGGCAUGAGGUUUGGGCUUAGAUACUCCUGUCUGGGGAGAUGGAGAUGGUGCUAUUAGUACUUCCCUGUGCAGUACCACAGCCGAGAGGGCUUCUAGAGAGGAAAUGCAGAUCAAGCUGAGCUGCCUCCAAACUACUCAGUCUCAAAAGACAUGAAAAGAAACAGUGGGGAGGGAAAAAAGACAAUAAGUUGAGAUGACACUUCGACUCUCACUUAAUUGAACUAUUUUCUUUCCUAGAUUAACUUUUCUUAUCCUUUUCCGUUAGCAGAUUUAUUUAUAUAUACCAUGAGAAGAUUUCUUGGAACAAGAAUUGUAUAAUAUCAUUGAAAUGAAUAGUUAAAAUAUUUUAAUUUGAAUAGUGAUGUUUUGAAAGUACUUUGAAAAAGAGAAGUUAAAAGUUUGACUUUUUUUUUUUUUUUUUUUUUUUUUUUUUUUUUUGUCUUUUUUUGUGUCCGGCAACGGAUCGCAACCCUCAGUGUCGCGCCUGUACCGGACCGGGACCGAAAAGUUUGACUUUUUAACUAAAGUUAAUAUUUGUUUUUUGGAAAUGACCAUUGAAGAGUCAUUCUGAUUAUACAAUUUGAUUUUUUAAUGCAUAAAAUUUCUGUAUAACUUGAAUUUAAUAUUUUUAAACAAUAUUUUCAUUAAUCCUCUAUUUUUUCAUGACUGUUCAGUUGUGUAUGUUUACUCUUAGGUUGUGUUUUGUAAUUGGAUCACAUGUGUCUACCUUCAGUGAACAGUAUGCCUUCAAUGUGUUAAAAAAUAAAUUCUAAAGCAGGGUACUUUUUACUCAAAUGUUAUUAUUGUACUUGCAUUGCUUUAAAAGAAUAAAGUAAAUAUACUUUUUACAAAGUAAAGUAAAACUUUUCCAUAAAAAGUGG